AUUGUGAAAAUAACGUUAAACAAAAAUGUCAAUAUGUACAAUUAUUAGGUAAAUAAAUCGCAAAGUAGUUAAUUUCAUUGCCUAUCUUAUUACAUUAUUUCUGUCUUAAUUCUGUGAUAAAACAAUGUUUUUCUAGUCUAUGUAGUUAAAUUGGUGUGGUGUCCCUAUAAAAGACAGAUAUGGCUUCCUCUCCUAUAAGAAGGCUGUGCCAUUGGGGACCAAUAGCGGUUUUAGGUAUAAUAAAACUUAUAACAUGGGCUAUGGUGCACCAUAUGGGGAUGUGGUGGCCACCAACAGAAUCCCGGGGUGGGGCGGUUCAUGCGGCAGUGUUCUUGCUCUUUGCAACCUCAACUAUGUACUACUUCCUCCAGUCUUUAUUGGAAGGCCCAGGGUUUGUGCCUUUGGGGUGGAAACCAGAAAAGGAAGAGGACACCCAAUGCUUGCAGUUUUGUCAUGUUUGUGAAGGUUAUAAGGCACCAAGGUCUCAUCAUUGCAGGCAAUGUGGUAGAUGCGUGCUGAAGUUGGACCACCACUGUCCGUGGAUCAACUGUUGUGUGGGACACCACAACCAUCCAUAUUUUGUUAAGUUUCUCUUUGUAGCAGUGCUUGGAUGUUUUCAAGCUUCCAUUGUGUUAUCAAUAUGCAUUUACCACGCUAUCCACCGCGUGUGGUACAUCCGGCACGGCACGGGAAGGGAACCCAUGAUCUACAUGACGCUGACCACUCUGCUGCUCACGCUGCUCAGUAUAGGAAUGGCUAUCGGCGUGGUGCUAGCUGUCGGAGCGCUGCUUUAUUUCCAGAUUCGCAGCAUCCUCAGGAAUCAGACCACGAUUGAAGAUUGGAUAAUGGAGAAGGCCGCGUGCCGUCAUCAAGAGCAAGGGUUGCCUCCCUUCGUGUUCCCUUACGACUUGGGGAAGAAGAAGAACUUCCGAAUGGUGUUCUUCUCACGGCAAGAUGGUCUUCGCUGGCCGGUCAGGGAAGGCUGCGGAGAGUACGACCUUACGCUGGAGCAAAUAUGUCAGAAGCAGGACAAGCGCCUUCGUUCGCGUGUGUACUCCGCCGUGAGCGAGUACAGCGGGCGCUGGGUGCCGCUGCUGAGCGCGCCGCGCGCGGCGCUGGCGGCGCCGUGCACGGACGAGCCGCGGCUGCCGCUGGCCGCCGGGGACUCUGUCAGGGCCACCAGGCAGAGGAAACAUUGGCUAUUCGGCGAAAAGAUAAUAGGAUCGGGGGAGUCCCGCGGGCCGCGCGGUUGGUUCCCGCGGUACUGUGUGGUUCCCGCUCAACUACCAAAUGUUGCCUCACAACACAGAAAUUUUCUACCCACGUCGCACCAAAAUGCUGCGCGUGAGACGAAACACAAACCGGACUAGCGGUUGGCAACAUAGUUUAAUACAUAUGUAUAGUCAUUUUUAUAUACUAUAUUCAAUUGUCAGUAUGAAUUUGUUGUUUACAAGAUCGUUAAUGGGGGCUAACGCGUAAAUUCAAAGCUUCUUGUCUUAUCGAAUAUGUUAUUGCUAACGCAGAUUUUAUUCAAGUCGUUUAAAGGCAUCUGACGUGACUUUUACGACUACCCACCAACAUCUGGUAGUAAGCAGUCACAUAGACACUAGUGAAUUAAACUGUCAAUCGGUAUCCAUGUUUCCUCACGAUGUUUUCCUUUACCGGAAUUUUUUUCGAAAUUCAAAUUCAAAUUCACCGGAAGCAAAUGGAAAGUACUAAACAUGAGUCAUAUUGGUAUAUAAACUCAUGUGGCUUAAGUAGGAUUCGAACCUGGGACCGUUCGAUCACAAGUGGACGGUAUUGACCACUAGACUACCAACGCUUCCCUGCUAGGCUGAUGUAGUCAAACUUUAGUUUUCAUACAAAAUUAUUAUAUGAAAACAAAUCUUUCACAACAUAUUUAGCGCCCCAGCGGUGAAAUCACUCGCGUUAGUCCCUAUUCAGUCUGGCUUGUGGAAGUUACAUAUUAUUCUAAAUAUUUAUAAUAUAUUGAAUAUGUAGCUAAAAAGAAAUGCCAGCGGGCGAUUGCAAUUAAGAGAUCAAUGCGCACAGGAUAAUCAAGAAUUAUUUCAAAAUAAUAUAUUUUUUCCCGCAUUGGUUACCGAAUCCACCCGGGUUGUAUCUGGAUCUGGCAGCGUUAAUUAUGUGGUUGUACGCCACUGGAAAUGCUACUUUAAACCUCAGUGAUAAGGUGCAAAAUAUAUUUUUAAAAAUUCUUAGGUUUAGAUGUUGGCAGUAUUUUUUGCUAAGUUCGAAACUAGGUUACAAUUUUGUAAAUCGAUUUUUAAGUUACGAAAUUGACAAUGAUUUUGACAAUACUAUUAUUAUAUAGAGGUAUGCGUUUGUGAGUUUGUACGUUUGAGGCGGUUAAUCUCCGAAACUACCGAACCGAUUUCAAAAAUUGUUUCACCAUUACAAAGGUACAUUGUCCAAGAUUGCUAUAGGCUAUAUUUUAUAUCAAAAUUCCCACGGGAGCGAAGACCCAGGCAACAUCUAGUUAUACAAUAAAUUGUUGGAAAAUGAAAUUAAAAAAAUGCAUGUCAUUGAAAAAAUUACAUAUAGAAUAUUUCAAUGUAAUCUCAUCCCAUAUAGAUUUCCUCAUCAUAUCAUAUGUUAUUUUAAUAUACAUUGAAAAAAUGAAACCUAUAUUGUCCCAUUAUGAUAAUGACUAGAUGUGGCCCGGGGCUUCGCUCCAGUGGCGAUUUUGAGGUAAAAUAUAUCUUGGAUAAUGUAACUUUCUAAUGGUGAAAGGAUUUUUGAAAUUGGUUCGGUAGUUUUAGAGAUUACCCGCCUCAAACAUACAAACUCAUAAACGCUUACCUCUUUAUAUAAUAGUAUAGAUUUAUUUACACUGUUUGCAAUAUUUGUUGUUGUUUAUGAAACUGCUUCUUAUCAUAAACUGAUAUAGGUAUAUGCUGGUAUUUAUGUUACAAAUAUUAUUAUUUUAUUAUGACAGAAAGUUAUAAUAUUUUAUUUAUACCAAUGCUUUCCUGUUGUGAAUAGUCUAAUCAUGAUAUAAAUGUAUUAGAAAUAAUAUAGUGAAGUACUUAUUUAUAUAGAUCAAUGCGUUGCAAUAAUGUAAGUGUUAAUUUACAUGAAAUGCUUUUAAAACACAUGUUUUAUAUACAGGUUUAUUCAUAUUUUGCUAUGUGUCAUUAAGUCAUGAAUGAUAUAAUUGAUUUAUUUUUUAAACCGAUAAUAACGAAAAUAAAUAUUGAUGAAAAACAAAACGCGCUGGUUUCUUUACGUAAAUAUAUUAGGUAGAUAUAUUUUCGACGUUUAAAUGGUUGUGUACGCAAUUUUUUUUUUUGUUAUAUCUUGAAGUCCAUCAAUUGUUAACUUCCAAUAACGUAAUAACGUGCAAUAAGAUAAAAUAAAUAAUUUGAUUUGAGGUUCAACAUCGUCACAAAUUACCAAUAUUGUUGUAUUUCUUAAGUCUUUUUCAACUAUUGUUUUUGUCGAUAUCAUAGUCGUAGUUUUUAUCACAAUUAGUAAAAUAUCUGGCAGUUUAAGAGUUCUAAAUGUUAUAUAACUUUUACUAUAUGAUUGCCGUCUCAUUCUUACGCCUAAUGUAACCUAGAAUGAAUGAUAAGGACGACAUAUUUUAACUAGUAGCAAAAUGGUUAAAUAGUGAAUAAUUUUAACAAUUUUGUUAUUUUUAUAAAUGAGCAUGUUAUGCUGUAACAUAGUCGAAGGUAGGCAAUGUGUAGAUACACGUAAAAGGGUGUUUCUCAAAGCGUUACGACCGCUUUUAAAACUUUAACAAAGUCAAUAGUUUUACUGUCUGCCUUUAAACUAAUCUGUACUGUGGUAAUAUAAAUUUUAUGAAUGAUUGAUUUUCGAAAUGAUUCCUUACUCAAGAAAAUUGACGGAUCGUAAUGACAGCGCGGCCGCAUUCGAUCGAAACGCCCUGAGAACCACCCAAAAGUGAUAUAGAUGAAUAUGUUACUUACCAAUUUUUGAUAUUUUGUAUAAAUAAAAUUGGUACGGAAUU